GCCACCAAGUCGAAGAAGCCCAUCAUGCUGCCGGUGACGUUCAUGGACGGCACGACCAAAACGCUGCUGACAGACUCAGCCACCACGGCCAAGGAGCUCUGCAUCGCCCUGUCGGACAAGAUCAACCUGCGAGACCGCUUCGGGUUCUCACUCUACAUUGCUCUGUUUGACAAGGUUUCCUCUUUGGGCAGUGGGAACGACCAUGUGAUGGACGCCGUGUCGCAGUGUGAGCAGUAUGCGAAGGAGCAGGGGGCCCAGGAGAGGAACGCCCCCUGGAGGCUGUUCUUCAGGAAGGAGAUUUUCACGCCAUGGCACUGCCCCGGCGACGACCUGGUCGCCACCAACCUCAUCUACCAACAAACUGUGAGGGGCGUCAAGUUUGGAGAAUACCGCUGCGACAGGGAGGACCUGGCAGAACUGGCCUCUCAGCAGUAUUACGUCGACUACGGCUCAGAGAUCCUUCUGGAGCGGCUGCUCAGCCUCAUUCCCUCCUACAUCCCAGACCGAGAGAUCUGCACCUCCAGGACGGUGGAGAAAUGGGCUCAUUUCAUCAUGGCUGCCCACAAAAAGGGCAUCUACACCCAGAAGAGGUUCGACCCUCAGAAGGUGAAGGAGGAAGUGGUCGACUUCGCUCGUCACAAGUGGCCUCUGCUCUUCUCUCGUUUCUACGAAGCGUUCAAGUUCUCAGGUCCCAGUCUACCUAAAAACGACCUGAUCGUAGCCGUCAACUGGACCGGAGUUUAUUUUGUAGACGAGCAGGAACAGGUCCUUUUAGAACUCUCCUUCCCAGAAAUCACUGCAGUGUCCAGCAGCAGCGGAGGAAAGUUGCAGGGUCAGAGUUUCACACUAGCGACCAUCAAAGGUGACGAGUACACGUUCACCUCCAACAACGCAGAAGACAUCCGUGACCUGGUGGUGACCUUCCUGGAGGGCCUGAGGAAGAGGUCAAAGUUUGUGGUCGCGCUACAAGACAACCCCAACCCCACUGGGGAGGAGUCAACGUUCCUCAGCUUCCUGAAGGGAGACUUGAUCCUGUUGGACCAGGACACCGGCGAGCAGGUCCUCAACUCUGGUUGGGCGCACGGCAUCAACGAACGAACCAAUCAAAGAGGAGAUUUCCCAGCUGACUGCAUCUAUGUCCUGCCCACGAUGGCUCGACCGCCGCAGGAAAUAGUGGCGCUGGUCACCAUGACACCGGACCAGCGGCAGGAGUCGGUUCGUGUUUCACAGCUCGUCAUGCCCGAGAGUGACGACAGAAUGAAACCCUACACACUGGAGGAGUUCUCCUACGACUACUUCAG